ACACGCGUGUUUGCAAGCAUGGCUUCGUCGGCUAAGAAGAGGGCAGUAGGUUUGAGUGAAAAUCCCCAGGAACUUAACAACAGCUCCGACGAAAGUGUGGAGGAAGAUGGAGAUUCAACGGGGGAGGACAGCGAAGCAUCCGAAGAGGAGAUUAAUGAGGAGGUUAUGGUGGACUUUGAAGCGCACACCAUCUCACACAACGACUUUAAUGGCAUCAAAAAACUCCUACAGCAGCUCUUUCUGAAGGCUCAUGUGAACACGUCAGAGAUGACUGACAUCAUUAUCCAGCAAAACCAUGUGGGAAGUGUCAUCAAGCAAGCUGAAGUACCAGAAGACAGUGACGAUGAGGACCCAGAUGAAGUGUUUGGGUUCAUCACGAUGCUAAACCUCACAGAGAGAAAGAGUGUGCAGUGCGUGGAGGAGGUGAAGGAGCUGCUCCUGAAUCAGUGUGAGAAGUCCUCCGGCCACAGCGUCAUGGAGCAGCUGGAGAAGACGCUGAACGACACCAGUAAGCCUGUGGGCCUUCUUCUCAGCGAGCGCUUUGUCAAUGUGCCGCCGCAGAUCGCCCUCCCGCUGCACAAACAGCUCCAAGAGGAGAUCUCGGAGGCAGAGAGGACCAACAAGCCCAGUGGACGGUAUCACUACUGUCUGAUGAUCAGCAAGACCUGCAAGGAAGCCGUCAAGAGUAUUCCCGCUAGAGGUGGCGCUCUUAAGGAGGAAUACAUGUUCAUCAACGCAGAGGAGGAGUUCUUCUAUGAGCACGCCGUCGUCAAGUUCCACUACUCCGUCCAGGAAGACGCCGACUCAUGUUUGAGUGGGAGGUGGUCCUUCAACGACGUUCCCAUGAAGCCUUUCAGGACUGUCAUGUUGAUCCCGGCCGACAGGAUGCCCUCCAUCAUGGACAAACUCAAAGAAUACUUGGUUGUGUGAACACCCAAAUUAUAAAAAAAAAGCUUCUACUCUGGUGGAAGAUAAUAUUGUAAAGAUUUAAUAGUCAAUUAUGAAUUUCCAGCAUAAAAAUCAUGUUUAACAAAGAUUUUCAUGAAGUCUUUUUCCUUAAAGACUUAAAAAAAACACUACAGCAUUGAGUUGUUAGGAAGUAGCAAAAGGAGAGGAAGACGGACAUUAAAAGCUCAUUUAGAACCAAGUGUGCACGACACAACAUAAACGCAAUUACAUUCAGGACUUUCCUUUUCUUUGACACCCAUCAGCAAAUAUGCAUCACUGACAUCCUUUCCAUGUCUACUGAAUGACACACCUGUCAGAAGACUGCACACUACUGUUGUUGUUGUUGGCGUCACCGCUCACUUUGUGUCUCUUGUCCCGUCCCGCAGCGUCUGGUUGUGGGUCCAGCAUGUCUUGCAGCACGUCUUUGCUCUCGCUCGGGGGAAGAUUGUAGAAGUAGUACAGCGGGGCCAUUUCAAUGAAGCUGCAGUGGAUGGAUGGAGAGGAAUUUUGCCCAUUAUCCUCCUCCAUUGUAGAAUAUUCUA